AUGUCUGCCCCUAUGUUAGAUCCCGUGGCUGAAUUUACCACUAUCAUUGAAACCUUGCCCCAAAAGGACGAAUUCAACUUGCCUUUGAACGCUUCGCUCCCGGGUAUCAAGUCGGAGCCGGCCGCGUGCCCUCCUUCGACUUCCAGCGAAUACACUGUGCCCUCGUCUGUGCUUGAACUGGUUUUCAGCACCACUCUCGAUGAGUUUGGCCUGAUGCAAGACCACACCCCGAUGUUCGACGACCUUGACUUAGCGCUUGACGGUGCCAAGGUCAACGACCAGGAGUGGGUGUCGCUCUUCUCCGACCAACAACAACAACAACCGAUCACUGAAGAAGACGUUGACCUGUUGGAAAAGGAAAUUGAUUUCGCUAUCCGUGAGAACGAAAUCAAGUUGACUCACGCCGCGGUGGUUGCCCAGCAACCGUCGAAGAGAUCUUACUCGUCGGCGUUUGAGUUGACUCCUCAGCCGACCCCGGUGCUUGAUUGCCCUAAGAAGGCGCGCACUACGAAGAAGGCUCGUCAAGCUUCGCUUCCUCCGAUCGACGUUGACGUCUCGGACCCUGCAGCGUUGAAGCGUGCUAAGAACACCGAAGCUGCUAGACGUUCGCGGGCGAGAAAGUUGGAGAAGAUGAAUAUUCUUGAGAACAAGGUCGACGCCUUAACUAAGGAAAAGACCGUUCUCGAGAACGAAGUCCACCGUCUUCAACAAUUGUUGAAGCAAAACGGCAUCGGCUUUUAA